GUCGAGGUACAAUGGCGCCAGUGAGGCCAGCCCCGAGGUGGCGGACGGGGAGUUUUGGGACACGUGGGGAAGGCGUUUCACGGGUCGGAUUCACAAACAAGAAUGUGAAACAGAGGAGAUGGCGACCUAAUCAUCCUCAGGCCUUCGCGGGAAGCGUUCGCGAGGGACAAGGCUUUGCAUUUCGAAGAAAACUAAAGAUUCAGCAGAAUUACAAGAAAUUGCUUUGGAGGAAAAAGGCAACUCAGACCUCACAAGACUCCCAGUUCACAGAUAAAUACCCUGAUCAUCUGAAACAUCUCUAUUUAGCUGAAGAGGAAAGACUCAGGAAGCAACUUAAAAAAGUUCACCCGUCUUUGUUAGAACGAGCUGACCAGCCUCCGUCAGAAGAACAGGUUGAUCGGCCUUUGCCAGAAGAGCCGUGUAGCACUGACCAGGCCUUGUCUGAAGAACAGUGUAGCGUUGAGCAGCCUCAGCCAGAAGAACAGAGUAACCUGAGAGUAAACUCCAUUACUAUUUCAAAGAAAAAUAAAAAGAAAACAUCAAAUCAAAAAGCACAGGAAGAAUAUGAGCGGAUACAAGCUAAGCGUGCUGCCAAGAAACAAGAAUUUGAGAGGAGAAAACAAGAGAGAGAAGAAGCUCAAAGGCUCUAUAAAAAGAAGAAAAUGGAAGUGUUCAAAAUAUUGAGCAAAAAGACUAAGAAGGGCCAACCAAACUUAAAUUUACAAAUGGAGUAUCUUCUUAAAAAAAUACAGGAAAAACAUUAAGUCAGACUUGUUGUCUGAUUAGUCAAGGGUUAAAAUAUCUGCUGGCUAUUGAGUUCUUUUGUAUAUGUCCUGUUCCUCCUAACAACUAAAUUUGUCAACAGAAACUGGAUUGCUAAGCUAUACUAAAUAUAAAAAGUAUAAAUAUUUCUUGAUUUUGUAAAAUAAAAUUUUCUCUAUAUGCGC